UUUCCACUGAUCAAGGUUCCUAAUGAUCCAGCAAGCCAACCAAUCAGUGGGUUUGACAUGGAAAAAGUUACAACAACACUUAAACAGUUUGUGAGGGACUGGAGUGAUGAGGGAAAAGCUGAAAGGGAUGCUUGCUACAAACCAAUUAUUGAAGAGAUUGAAAGACUUUUUCCAGGCACAGAUUGUUCCAAAAAAGAUGUUUCAAUCCUUGUACCGGGGGCAGGCUUAGCUAGACUGAUGUUUGAUAUCGCAAAACUUGGAUAUAAAUGUCAAGGAAAUGAGUGGAGUUUGUAUAUGCUUUUUGCCUCACACUUCAUUUUGAACAGAGCACCAGGAAAAUAUCACACCACAAUCUACCCAUAUAUACACCAGACAUGUAAUAACAGAAAGUCUGAAGAUCAAGUAAGAUCAGUUGUAAUCCCAGAUGUUGAUCCAACGGAUGUACCACCCGAUUUGAAUUUUUCAAUGGCUGCUGGAGAUUUUUUGGAAGUUUAUACUGAGGAAGGUACAGUGAGUCUGUCAAUGUAUCUUAUUCUUGCCAAGGGGCUCUUAAGAAUAGCACCACAUGAAGUAGCAAGAAGCAUUACUACUCCUGGCAGGGGGGGGGAGGGGGGUGGUGUGAGAAAAAGGGUACAGGCCCAUUCCAGAUUUCCCCUACCCUUGUCUUGACAUAUGCUACUGAUGACAGAAAGAGGCUCUUUUAGAGUCUCCCAAGAACAUAACAUUAGGACAAUGUCACAGCACAUACCCUGUCCAAGGUCUCUAGAUCUAGAGUGUAACACACUAUCCAUUGCACCGCCAGCCUUCUACAAGAGCCACCCCUCUGAGGGUAUUGCCGCACUCUGUGCGACAUAACUUAUCAUGCGACUGACGUAUAAAAUAUGUUUGUUGGCAGUCCAGGACCAAUCAUUCUGGGAACACUUGCGGGUCUAGUGAGAAAGUCUCUUGUGGUAAUCAGCAGCCUUGUCCACAUUGGUGGAGUGACUAAUGUCAGUGUCAUGCCAGAUUGAUUUGUGUGUUGUGCAAUCUUAGAAUUACUUUAAUUUUCUCACAGGCAAAAAAGGUUUUCAGUGCAUUUUAAAGUUUUAU